AGGGUUCCAAGAGAAGAGGACCAGACUGGGCGGUGUAGUUCUGCGAUACAAUUUCCCUCUGGAAGAGCAUGCGAGCCAGGUGUACACAUGGACUAUGUUUGAGAUGUUUGGUCAGGCUUUGUACCGUGCAGGGAGAUAUGAUGUCGAGGAAGUCCAACGAGGCACGAGGUACCUUGUGCGGCAUGUUGAAGCUGAGAAGCAAGAGAAGUGGUGCCGCGAGAUGCAUGCGGUCGAUGUCCAUGAUGGCGGCACUCGUUACACGUGCGAAUGCGGCUUGUUUGAGCACAUGGGGAUGCUUUGUUGCCAUGCUAUCAAGGUUCUCAUUCAUUUGGGAGUGCGGAAGAUACCGAGUUUUCAUGUACUGAAGAGGUGGGCAGUAGAUGCCCGCGACAACUUGCCGCUGCACCUCAUCCAUUACCAGAAAGAUCAAGGGCCUCCCCGGUUGUCUUCCUACCGGCAUACUGCACUGCACCUGACAGCGCUCGAGUUUGUGCAGCUUGGUGAUAGCAAUGUAGAUGCAUUCGACAGAGCAAUGGACAUUUUAAAUGCAGGCAAGGCUGAACUGACCGUUUUGGCUGCGAUCAAAGAUGGGAAAAGUUUGGUGUACCAAACUCAAGUUGGGGAGUCAGCCAACCCAACCAUGGUUAUGAUGGCAAACGGCUCGCAACAAGAAGAUGUGUGUUCUGAGAUGUUCAUCUCGACUGAAUGUGGCCUUGGCUCUGUCUCUGUGGUAUCUGAUUCGAGUCGUCCAUUGUCCACAUUACUGGCGCCUGAUAGGAAAAAGCAGAGGGGGAGACCGACAACGGCGAGGGACAAGCCAGGAUACGAGAUAAAAGAUGCAAGAUCUAGAUUUUGCACAGUUUGUAGGGAGAAAGGGCACAAGAGCACAACGUGCCCCCGUAGGGGGGACCUUCCGAAGAAACCACGCAAAAUCCCUACAUGUGGAAAUUGUGGUGUGGCCGGGCACAAGAAAACAAGUUGUUUCAACCCGGUGUUGCCAUUUGUGAAGAGGCCGCGCGACGGACCAGUCGAGUGAUCUUCAGUUUGUUUUAUGGUCCGUAAAGUUCUUGAUUCAGUCCAGAUUUUAUGUAGUCUGCUUACCUGGGCUUGUGAUUUGCAAAUCUAAUAAACAUUAUGCCUAUGUGUGCGGUGAUGUACUUUGCUUACUGCUUUUUAAUCUACUCUUCCAGUCGUUCUUGUUGAGGCUCCUUUGAGCGAGCUGUACAUUCGUUCAUUUGCAAAGUGAUGUAUUUGUUCAA